UUGGACCAAUCAGAGAAAACCACGAAAAGAGACGAAGGAAAAAUGGGUUGUCGCACUGUCAAAUAAUUAGUUUGUAUUGAAAUACAAUUGCUGCCAAUUUGUGCUAAGGACUGUUGUAAAAUAAUUGUAAUAAAAUAAUGGACUACUUAGUGAAUAUCAACUGGAACAAAAUCACACCAUGCCUUGUUUUAUUAGUACUAGAAAUAGUGUUAGAAUUUUCAGAGUGCGCGACGCCGGCGGAGGUGAACAAACACCUGGAACUCGGGCGAGACUUCCUGGCGCGGGGACAGCUCUCUGACGCGCUCACGCACUAUCACGCAGCCGUCGAGGGCGACCCCCACAACUACCUCACAUACUUCAAGCGUGGUACCGUGUACUACGCACUGGGCAAAGCUAAAUUUGCCUUGCAAGACUUUACAAAGGUGUUGGAGCUGAAGCCAGACUUCACGUCGGCGCGGCACCAGCGCGCCAACGUCUACCUCAAGCUAGCACAGUACAGGGAAGCCAAGGAGGACUUUCUACAUGUUACGUACGCGGACCCGUACAACGAGGAGGCGGUGAACAAUUACCACCGCGUGGACGAGUUUGCGGAGGAGCUGCGCCUGGCGGAGGCCUACUACCGCGGCGGGGACUUCCGCGCCGCCGCCGACCUCGCCACCAGGCUUCUGGAGCUGUCGCCCUGGUCGGCCCAGCUGCGCCAGCUCAGGGCGGAAUGCUACAUUGCGCUGAACGACCUGUUCUCGGCGGUGUCAGACAUCCGCUCGGUGAACCGGCUGCAGCAGGACUCCACGGACGGCUACCACCGCCUCGCCACGCUGCUCUACCGCCUCGGCCACGUCAGCGACGCGCUCAAGGAAAUCCGCGAGUGUCUAAAACUAGACCCGGAGCACAAGAAGUGCUUCCCGUUCUACAAGAAGAUCAAGAAAGUGGACAAGUACCUGCUGGACUGCGAGCAACUCAGCGAGGCGCGCGACUUCGCCGGCUGUAUCGCCAGCGCUAACAAAGUGCUGAAGGCCGAGGAUGACGUCACGCUCGUCGUGUUCGAGGCCAGGAAGUGGCUGUGCAGCUGCUCCGUCAAGGAGGAGUUAUACACGGAGGCGCUGUCGGAGUGCUCUGCGGCGCUGGCGCUGCAGCGCGACGCGCGCGUGCUGUGCGACCGCGCCGACGCACUGCUCGGCCUCGACAUGUUCGACGACGCCAUCCACGCGUACAAAGAGGCCCUCGAACUGGAAGAGGGCCUGCAGCGCGCCAAGGACGGCAUCUCGCGCGCUCAGAAGCUGCAGAAGCAGUCCGAGCAGCGCGACUACUACAAGAUACUCAACGUUAAAAGGACGGCGAGCAAGCAGGAGAUCAUCAAGGCGUACCGGCGCGCGGCGCAGAAGUGGCACCCCGACAGCUACCACGGCGACGAGAAGAAGCUCGCCGAGAAGAAGUUCAUCGACAUCGCCGCCGCCAAAGAGGUGCUGACGGACCCGGAGAAGCGCGCGCAGUUCGACGCGGGCAGCGACCCGCUGGACCCGGAGGCGGCGCGGCAGGCGCCCUUCCACAGCCCCUUCCACCACUUCCAGCACGGCUCGCCCUUCCAGUUCAAGUUCCACUUCAACUAGCGCCCGACGCGCUCGGCCGCGACGCAAACGGUCAACGUGACGUCCGAUUCCACCGCUCGUACAGUCAGCGUCUAGUUCGUGACACCCAAUGUGGCUUAAUGAGGUAGAUAACACAACCUUAUUCUAAAGACGUGUUGCGAAUUUAUUGGCUGCUUUGGAUGUCACGAACUACCUAUUUGAAUUAAUCUUACAUCAAAUUCAAACACAAAAAUAAUGUAACUUUUCAAACAUCUAAUUUUAGUUUUCUUUUAGAAAUAUCUGAAAAUAAAGUGGCGAGCAAUAUUCUGACGUCAUUUCUAAUUAUGUACUUUAAUUUCACUAAGUCAAGCUAUAAAAUUCAACUAAGUCAAACUACUAAUUUAUUAAAAAAAAGUCACAAAAUAAUGUCAAGCAGAAAUAUCAAGGUAGAACAAAAGGUAAUUAGAUUAUCUAAAAGAUGUCCUAACUCUGGCCCAAUUUUCCCUUGACGCUAUCUCUGUGACUCCUAAUCGCCAUCAGUUUAAAAUCGUAAAAAAUACAAUGACAUCUCUAAAUUAUUAAUACAUACCUACCUAAAUUUUGUUUACAAAUACAUAAUUCUGUUUAUGUAUGUAAUUUUGCAAAACUAAAUCUUUUACGUCUUAAUUUAUGUAGUUUUUUUUAUUCUCCAAAAGUAAGACGUAUAAAUCAGAGGCAUUUUACUGUAUAACUAAUUGUGUGAUAUACAUAAUAUUUUCUUAAUCAAAUUAAUUUACUAAUUGAAAUAAAUUAAUGCAUUUUGAUCUCCAAAUUCUUUUUAACAAGAUUGUAAACAAUUCGCAUGUUAACGUAAGCCUUAGAGCCAUAGGCAUUAUGUGGGUGUGGGUGUUAGGCAUUAUUCUUGCCAUUGCUUACGAAAGGAUAUCGUAUUGAAAUAACGUUGACAUGCGAGUUGUAAAAGCGUCUUCGCUGUUUGGAAUGUUCUCUUAUACUAAUUGUUAUGAAGUACAAAAUUUCAUCGCUUCUUAUCAUAUAACAGGAUUUAAAAAUGCACUAAGUAACCUAAUAGAUAUUUAUUUAAAGCCACACAGUGUGAUCACAAGGAACCAGUACGAGCGGCGACCCUGCCCUCUUCCGAUCGAAUAUCAACGACAUCUCCAGUGCAGGGUCGCCGAUAUCUUAAUAGUAAACUUUUUACAAAUUUUCAUCUAGCCUUAUUAGUGAUAUUUUAUAAAAAAAAAUAUAGAUAAAUCAAAUGUUAAUAUAUCUUACAACGGUGCUACGCUUGUUUGUGAAUAUCCCCGUCUGCAAAUGAGCAAUAUUAAAUUUAGGCCCCCUAAGAAUCGCCGUAAGCGCCAGUAAAUCUGUCCACAACAUGAGCGUAGCUCCGCUGUAAUGGCGCAAAUGAAAAUAUCAGUCUGCAACGAAGUUCGCCAUCUGUCGUGUCACGAUACACAGAGGAGUAAUAUUUUAAUUUGCGCAUUGUUUGCCGCCCGCGUCCCUGUGUACAUAAUAGCACACAUAAUAAUAGGGUAGAUUAAUUUAUUCAAUCUAAAAGUGAAAACCAAAUAUUGCGUGACGAAUAUUAAUAUUAUUCCAUCAAAUCACAAGUAAUUCCAAUCAAGAUCCAUCUAAUUUGGAAUGACAUACAUCAGUGUAAUUUAAACGUUCUGACAUUAUUUAUUAUAAUGAUGACUCAAAAGUGAAUAUAACUAAUUACUGUGAUUUGUUGGAUGGAAAAUCAGGGGUAAAUAAAUGAAAUGUCAAGUACCCUCCCGCCCCCGCGGGCCGACUGAAGCGAGCGUUAGCAGUAGGCGCGCGCGUCCUAGACUCAACCGUUAAUAUUUAUUUUAAAUAAGUUACUUUGUUGUGAUUCUUAUACUUGUAAAUAUUUUAGAAUAAUAAGCUAUUACGACAAAGCA